AAUCUUUCCGCUUAUUAGCCGUGCCGUAUUUCAUUAGGCAGAUAAACCUCGUUGAGUGACGGGCUCGCAAUAUGGUAAUUAACUCGCUAAACAAGCCAAUUUAAUAUAACAUUAUUUUCCACAGCGUCACGUCAACUAUGCGUGAUAUUCAUGAACAAAUACGGAGACCGGGAAGGCAUGCGAAACUUCGCCGGCGCUCCACAAGUGCGGGGCACCUCGACCUUUUUCGAAGAACAAUCGCUACAAAAUAUAAAUGGGUACCUACCUGCAUAAAAGAGCGAACAAAGAAAACAACUCUUGUUUAAACAACGUCAUACAUGUGUAUGACCUUCAUAUUCACUUAUUACAUUACUCAUCUGAAAGAACAUGCGUCGGCUAAUGUAGCACGCGGCUAGUUGAUGUAUUACAGCUAGCCUGUUUCAUUGUAAGCGGGGUAUAGAUAGGGACGAGCUCUGCUGGGGUCGGCCCGGGCUCACCUGUUCAGACCCCUAGGCGCGUCACGCCACACAAACGCAGUGCGCGGUGUCCGCACGCGACGGCGACGCACACGCGCGCAGGUUCAACAAUGAAGGCUACGCCGGGAAGGCACACAGGCGCAGUCGCCAGCGAGGGAUGCCAGCUCGGGACAUUGGCGGGCGAGCGUUCCCGCCGCGAGGUUGCGACGAUCCGCGCCGCUCGCUCUCGCAAACCACUUGUUGAAUCUCUUCAAGACGUUCCUUUCUCGCAUCGCUCUAGUCGCGGUAGUCGCGCGCUCGCGCCAGCUAUUACUUUUCUCUCGUAGUUUGUCUUAAUUUUUUUGUGACCUUGGGCUAAAGACUAGGUACGAUACUUGUGAUGUCUCUUAGCUCCUCUGCCUUCUCCGAGUCCUGCCUCCUCAAUACGCUUAUUUUCAUCUUCCUGUCGGUGCGGUGUUGUUGUUGUUACGAACGAUUGUUGCAGAAUUGCCCUUUUAAAGUUUUCACCAUUAACUUGUUGUAACUUUUGAAAUAUUUAAAACUGUUAUCGAAUACUCGUAUCUGUGUUAUCUGUUACUGUUACUACUUAUAGAUAAAUGUAUCCAAUUCUUAAUUAAAUAAUAUUUUACGUCGCUGUAAUACAAAAUUUUAAUCGUUGCAAUGUGCCGCUCCUGAAUUCUGAUAAGUUUUACUGUAAGAAGAAAUAUGUGAAUUGAUGCUGUUUCAGACAAUACAUUUGAGAGAAGACGGGUACUUGAUGAUAUUUUUUAUGCAAAAUGACAAUGACGGCAAUAUGCUUCGUUUGCAAUCUGCCGAUACUGUCGCACCAAGUGGGGCUGGUGUGGGCGGGAGGGAACGGCUGGGACGAGCUGACGCGGUCCACGCUCGAGGAGAACACGCUCCGGCAGCGGCUGGGCAGCCGGCGCGACUCGGCGGCGCAGGUGUCGUGCCUGUCGCCGCCCGAGCCCGACGUUUCCAACCAGACACAAACUGGUCCUCGCCGACGACGAUCGUCACUAGCGCAGCUAACAGAUAUUUUGCGGGAGUGGGGUGGUGGUGGCAGCAGCGCCCCCCGCCGUCAAAGGGCCCCCCUGUCUCGGCGGGAAACCUUGGCAGACCUCGCCCGCUCCUUGCCUUGGGCACGCCACGAACCUCCGCCCCGCCGCCGACGCGACUCUUCCGCCGACUCAGGCAUCAAAUCCAUGGCAUCCAAACGCCGUGACUCGAAAGCCGCACCCCAAGAUUUCCAUACAGACUUUCCCAACGCUUGGGAUCGUAGAGAUUCAACCACCAUUACGCCAAGCCGGGAAAGGCGCGUCAAGAGACGCGGGUCAGGUGACGACAAAGAACGUCGCGACUCAGUCGACGGACACCGCCACCGGAGAGAUUCCGUCGCAGCUCCUCCUCCUCGGAUAGUCGCGACACAUAGAAAGAGACGGUUAUCACCCCCAACACCUGCACCUCCGUCAUUUGUCGAUGCUUCAUCAGAUCCUGGUCCAUCAACGCUUAUGCCUUCCGUGACAGUGGUAACUGUACAUGAGCCGAGCCGUUCCGAUGGGGAAUGUCAGCCAAUGACAAUGCCAACCAUAAUUACAUCUGCCGUUACACCAUCACCAACUUCUCCUACGAUACCCAGUAACGCAGCUCAGGCGGGUCAAACUUGCCAAACCACUCAAGCUACUGCAGUAUCUCCAAGCGGUAGAACUCCGCCUAGUCUUGGUGGCCGACGAGAUUCUACAACGCAGUGUGGUCGAGCUAGGAGGGACUCUCGAGCUGCUGCAAGUCCAGAACGGAGACUUGGUAGGCUACAGCGGCAGGCAACUGCAUUUGAUGACCCAAAUGGACCACCUGGAACGCGCCGUCGGGAUUCAGGACCUUCAUUAGGUCCCGAUGACGAAAACCGUGUAAGGAGAGAUUCCCUAAGCCCCGAUUCAGCGGUACGACCACGAAGAGAAAGAUCUCAGUUAAGUCCGGAUCGAGCUGGUAAUGUGGAGCUAAGUCCAUCGGCAGCGAGAAGACGCAGCCGGUUGCGAAGGCAGGCUUCGUGCGCUAGAGGCGGCCGCGCUCGGAGUCCCGAGUCGAGUUCUUGUUCGAGUCGAGACCCUAGCCCGGGCGCGCGUCCACCUCCAGAGCGAACUAUGAUCCGUCGCCAAUCUACUACUGAGGAAAUAUUGAUAGCGCGAGGAUUCCGAAGACAGUCUACUACGGAGGAAAUGAUCAGGUGCCGGAACUUCCGGCGACAGAGUUCACAGAGUGACGACGCGUGCAUGCGCGCGCGCGGCCGAAGGGACUCCUCCACGCAAAUCCUCGACGGCACCAUAGGCACCAUGACCGUCGAGACCACGAGCACAUUCUUCGAUUCAAGCACACAGACAGAACCAUCCCCGUUGUACGACAACAACCAUUACCACGAGGAAUGUCUCCGCUGCAACUCCUGUGGGCUGAACCUGACUGGACCCAAUCAGAAACGCGCACGCCGUUUCAAGAACCACAUCCUGUGCGAUCUGCACUUCGCGGACGUCGCGCUCAUGGAGUGCAGCGACUUCAUGCAGCAGCUGCGCAGCUUCAAGCCUCAGUCCCUCGGCUGCGCCGUCGCGCGCCGCAAGUCUUCCACCACGCUCAUAUUCCCGCUCCCACCGCAGGCCUGUUCAGAUGAAUUCUGCGAAGAGUACCCACACAGCCUGAUCCCGACGCCGGGGUACUGGAUCGAGUGCUCGCGGCAGAAGAUCACGACCGAUACCAUCUGGGACGAGUCCGAGUCGGAGCACGACAGCGGACCUGAUCGGGACAACGCAGACAAUGACCGCCACCGAAGAUCGGGUUCACUGGACGAGGCAGCCGAAGACAGCAGCGACAAUGGCGGGAGCACGCCGAAGAAGAAAACCGUCAUCGAGGAGCAAUGGGAGCGCUCAGGGGCCUUCGAACUCACCUCUGUGGAGCAGGAGACCUACGAGAAGUACUUCUACGGCUCUGAGCACUGGAACUACUUCACCAAUGACGAAGAUCUCGGGCCCGUCAUACUGUCCAUUAAACAGGAGACGCUUAAUUCAAGAGAUCAGUUCAGAAUCCUGGUCCGAGCGAUCAGUUACACGGUGCACGGACUGAUCCCGGCAUCGUGCGUGUUCGCCGACCGCUACAACCGCGAGGAAGUCGUGCGCUCGCUGGGCAAGGAGGUGAACAUCAACCCGCCGCUCAUGCUCGGCCAACUACCUGACACGCCCGAGGAACUGCUUAAGCUGGAUCAGGUAUUUAUAAAGUCGGAGCUCAAAGUGGGCGUAAUAUUCGUCAAGGAAAACCAAUAUAGCGAAGAAGACAUUCUGGACAAUAAUGAAAAUUCGCCAAUGUUUGAAGAGUUCUUACAAGUGCUCGGGGAAAAAGUGCGGCUAAAAGGUUUCGACAAAUACAAGGGCGGUUUAGACACCGUCCACGACCUAACGGGCCUAUACUCAGUAUACACGAACUGGCGAGGUAUUGAGAUCAUGUUCCACGUAUCGACGUUGUUGCCGUACGAACGCCACGACCCUCAGAAGCUGCAAAGGAAGAGGCAUAUAGGGAAUGAUAUUGUGUGCGUCGUAUUCCUCGAGGCGGACAACACUGCCUUCUCACCGGCUUGCAUUAAAAGCCAUUUCUUGCACACGUUUAUUUUAGUACGAGUAUCAGCACGGAUAAAACGGCGGCCGACCAGGUACGAAGUGUCGGUAGUCACUCGGGACGAGGUUGGUGCUUACAAACCCUACCUUUGGGAGCAGAGUGUGUUUGACAAAGGGCCCAUGUUUAGAGAAUGGCUUCUCACGAAAAUAGUAAACGGAGAGAGAGCGUCAUAUUCCGCCCCAAAAUUUGCGAGAAUGCAAGAAAGAACGAGGAGUCAAAUGCUCGAAGACAUCGUAGCUAACUUGCAGAAUCACGCCGAGACUGGACAGAUACCUAAACCAUAUAGAAGAGGUUCAUGGCGCCCUAUCGGACAUAUGAGGCCGUCAUCCCCUCUCCUCGACUCUGUGCGCGAUCAGUUUGAGGACUACGACCAGCUCGCUAAGGAUUUUACGAGGGUCUUCCUCAACAAUGAGCUGAACGUGGCUUCCAACGCGCAGCUAUUUGACGUCGUGUUCCUCGUGGGACAGUCCAAACAGAAGACCAAGUUUAUUGGAGUGAGGGCGAUAUUAGGGGUUAGAAGUAGAGUGUUCCAAGAGAUGUUGUACGGCAUCCAGACCGGGUUCGGGUCGCCGCAGGUGCCGGUGGCGGAGCUGCUGUCGAGGCCAGCGCCCACGCUGCUGUCGCCCACGCCGGCGCGCCAGAAGAGCAGCAACUUCCUACAGGUGCCCGACAUCGAGUCGCCAAGACCAAAAAGUGUACCCAGUUCUCCCAUGGUGAAGCGAGCUUUCUCCAGGCUGGGCACGAUCACGGCCGGCUGGGGCCGCUCCAUCCGCAAACAGCACUCGCAGCUCAACGCCGACGACAAGAAGAAGUGGGCCAGCUCGCAAGACUGCUCUAAUAAAGAAGGCAAAGAUAAAGACAAGGACAAAAAUGCGGCGUUAGCAGUACCGAGGCUGUCGGUGUGCGCCGACGCCCAGAAAGUGGACCGUGCCAAACUUGCACAGACUGAGUUUUCUAUAAUCGAGUUCGACCCGGAAACGUUCCGCAUCCUGCUGGACUACCUGCACACGGGCAGCUGCCCGCUGACCUGCGCCUCCAUCCCGGGGCUGAUCUGCGCCGCCGAGCACUACGACCUGCCCGAGCUGCUGCAGGCCUGCUUCCACCACGCCAAGCAGUUCCUCAGGAUAGAAGUGGUUUGCACAAUGCUGAUAUCGCUGGAGAACUACUACUGGCGGUACACUUCGGCGUCGGAGCUGGUGAACAUGAUCCUGGCAUUCACGGAGCAGCGCGCCUACGCGCUGUUCCAAACGGCCGAGUUCCUCAAUCUCUCCGAGUCGAUGGUGCAGAUGAUCAUGUGCCGCAACCUCGAGGUGCCAGAGGUUCGCAAGUUCGAGGCCAUGCUCAGCUGGGCGCGCAACAAAAUCAAGGCCAAGUCCGCCAAUAAGACUGAUGCAAAAAAUGAAUUUAAAUGCAUUAUGGAGAGGCUCGCUCGGGACCUGAAGCUGUACAGGAUCUCGCCGCAGGAGCUGAUCAAGGUGGUGCUCCCGUCGAAGGCGAUCAAGAACGAGCGCAUCCUGGAGACGCUCAUGUACCAGGCCAACUCGGGCAUGUACCGGAUCCAGGACAGCUACAUCGAGGCGUGCCAACAGCGCCUGCAGAAGCAAGACUCGCGUUUCUCUGAGUUCGAGAGCUUCGACUACGGCAUUUAAACGGAGCUGUGAGGAUUAUCAGUGUAUUAGAUAGAUUUUGAAGAGAGACUGGCCUGCUCCUUCUCAUAAUGUGGUAUGUUGAAGCCUUCUAAAGUAUUAUUGUUAUAGAUGUACUCGAGUAGAGGUGCGAGAAAUUAUUGUACACUUCUCGGAUACCUAUUCCUUGUUGUUGUUCAUUGAUACCUAUAUAUAUUUUUUACAUCUAGACGUGUUCAGCAUAAUUAUCUCUAUUUUUGGUACCGUGAACUUUGCGAUACGUGUGUUGUUUCGAAAAUGAAGACACCCGAUCGGCUGGCGUGGUGUCUUGUGAGUUUUUGUCCACACAGAUGUUGUUCGAUUUGAGACCACGUGGCGUAUACAUAUAUACAUACAUACCAAUACUUAUUAUACAUAUCACCAUUCCAGCCGUCUUGUACUAUAUUUAUUAUAUUUUCAACCAAUUGAUCAAAUUCAUUAAUUAUUUUAUAUGAUCCUAAGGUACAAAACAAUGGUUCAUGUAAUUAAGGGGUUUCAAAAG